AUGUGGUUGCUCUCCAGCGACAGCGGGGCACUCGGCGGGAAACGACUAUGGAUGCGACCAGGAAGCCAGCAUAUCCUCGGCCGUACAAGCUCGAAGGCAGCAGGGCCCGAACGGUACCAGUUCGUGGACCAUAAAUCAGUAUCGCGCAAACAUCUCGUCCUGGUCGUUGCCGAUGUAUCGUCCGAUGACUGCGGAGAUGCAUCUGUCCGGCAUGCUAUCACCGCGACCGAUGCUUCCAAGACGGGAACUUCGAUUGACGGCAGCAGUAAGCUCAAAGGGGAAUCCAAAAUCUUGAACGGCGAUCGCCAUACCAUCCAGUUGGGCUCYUGGGAUAAGACGUUCACGCUUGAGUGGCACUCGGUAGUACUUUCCUUCAAAGGUAGCAAAGCUACACCGAUGAUGGCCGAGCGCGAGAAGCUGCAAUCUACAGGCAUCAAGCUGAUUGCGGAGUAUGCUGCACUCACCACUCACGUUGUAGCCAAAGUACGCAAUACGGCAGCAGGUCUACUUGGAUUGGUGCAGGCGAGAUGGUUGGUCGCCCCCGAAUUCAUCGACGCUUUAGCUGCUGCGUGUACGCCAGACGGUGUGGAUGGCGGCCGAGAGCAACGCGUAAGCCCUUUGGAGCAAGACUUCGAUGCCAACUGGCCCAAGGAAGAAGACUACCUCAUACCGACUGCCGGUGAGCCCAUCAAGCGUCCUGCAGAGUGGCUGAAGCCCGAUCCGGCACGAUGCGACGUUUUCAAACACUUCACCUUUCUACUGUUCUCUGUGAAGCAGCGUGAUAGCCUGUCGCCAGUCAUCCAGGCUGGAGGUGGCAAGGCACUUGCCUACACAUUCGAGAAAGGAGUGACGACAAAAGACCAGGUUGUUGAAUAUGUGCAGAAUGUCGCGGGCGAGAAGGACAACUCCAAUUUCUCUCUUGGCCAUCACGAAGGCACCGGCGGGAUUGUCGUCGUUCGCGCAGAAGCCAAAGAUGCGAGUCGUGAUAACGAUUUCAUGGCGGCCAUCGAUACUGCAUUGAAUCAGCGCUCUGUCGAGCAGAACGAAUUGCUCGAUGUGAUCCUUGAGAACAACGCCAGCGUCUUGUGCAGGCCGCUUCGUCUCAGCACCCAGACAGUUGCGCCGACUCAGAUCGAAAGCCGCACCGCGGCAGCGGAAGGCGAAUCCAACGAUGAUACAAGAACGACAAACGCCGCGCGAGAUGCUCCUYGGACGCAAGAGGAUACCACAUCAGCUCAAACGCAGCACAGGGCCGCAGCAGAGCAAGCACAACGAGAAACUUCAACGCCGACAACUGGUGGAAUGACGGCGAUGCAAAGAUUCAAAGCUCGCCAGGCCAUCAGAGAGAAGCAAUUGAAGGAAGAAUUCGAUUCAAGUCUCGUCGUGCGAGCAGCCUCGAAUUCUCCCGAGCCGUCCAUACGCGCGCCCAGCGAGGCACCCAGCACCCAGAACAGAGAUCCUGACGAGUCUUCACGAAUGAAUUACGAGGAGACGUCGCAACGGGGGAGCCAUACGCAGCAAAACGCAAGAAAACGCGCUGCUACUGCGAUUGACGAGCCAGAGGAGACCCGGGAGCAAAUGAUGGAUCGUCUGAUGCCUGGCGCUGCCACUUACAAGCGACGCAAGACACAGGCGCUGAAAGAUGGCGAAGUAUCUCUCGCAGAUACAAAGCCCAAAGUCAAGGCAUCCGAGGCGGAGAAUGCUGCAGCUGAGGGUGUCAAACGCAAAGGCCAGGGAAAACAGGUCGUGAAACAGGAGAAAGAUCUCCAGGCCCAGAUGCGAGCUCAGCGCGAAAAGGAAGACGAGGAGCGCCGCAUGGAUGAAGAAUCGAUGCGCGAGAUGAGAGAUGUUGAUGUUGACACGAUCAGGAUCGACCAUAAUGUGGAGGUCUUUGAUUUACCAGUAAGACCACCGCGAGAAGCCACGACUGCAACAGGCGAAGGCCGUGGUGAUAGAUGGAACCCCGCAUGGAACGGUCGUCCCAACUUCAAAAAGUUCAGACCAAAGAGAGGUAGAGAGGGCAACGUAGGAGCGAUCGCGGAAGUGGAGUCUCAGAGAGUCAUCAUUCCUCUCGAGGAGAUCCCUGCACGUGGACAUGGUCUUGGGGACGAGUAUUGGCUUGAGCCUGUCCGUGACGGAAGCAAGAAGAAAAAGAAAAGCCAGACUCAAUCGCAGUCGCAAUCUCAGCGUACUCGUACCAGCGCAGCAGCAGCUGGGGAUAGUGACGAUGACCAAGUCAGUUUCCGGCGGCGUUUACAGCAGAGUCGCGAAGAUGAUGCUGAGGCGGCUCUCGCGGACGAGUUGUUCGAGGAGGCGGCUACCAGCCAGUCAACAUUGGGGAGGACGCAGCCGAGCAAAAUUUUGGGCACCAGUGCUGCUGCGAAGCGACCUGCUGCGUCACAGGCAUCAGGAGAGCCGGCAACCAAAAAGGUCCGGCAGACUCCGGCAAGGCAGACUGCAGCACAACCCGCAGCGUCGAGGGCGGCUGUGGUGAGAAUCGAUGACAGUGACGAAGAUGAAGACCCGUUAGCGUUCAAGCGACGAUGA